UAAAAUCAUGAAUAGCAGCUAGGACUUCUAGGGUUGCUGGACAUGGAGAACAUUUCAGGGGUCAAAAAUACUCUGAACUGUACCAUUGACCAUAGCAUUCAUCAGACGUUAUCACCCGUGGUAUACAUACUUGUCUUUAUAGUAGGACUCCCAGCCAACUGCCUCUCACUCUACUAUGCCUAUUUGCAGGUUAAGGUCAAGAACGAACUGGGAAUCUAUCUUUGCAACCUGACCAUAGCAGACCUGCUUUACAUUUUCUCUCUGCCCUUUUGGCUCCAGUAUGUUUUACAGCAUGACAACUGGACCUAUGAUGAACUCUUAUGCAAGAUCUGCGGCAUCCUCCUUUAUGAAAAUAUCUACAUUAGUGUGGCAUUCCUCUGCUGUAUCUCCGUUGACCGUUACCUGGCUGUGGUCUACCCUUUUCGCUUCUAUCAGUGUCGGACAAUGAAAGCUGCUGCAGCAGUGAGCGUCGUAAUUUGGACCAAGGAAAUUUUGACAUGCUGGGCUGUUUUUACACAUGGCGAAGUGAGUAAAGACUCAGAGAGCCAUGUGGUGUGCUUUGAGCAUUAUCCCAUAAAAAAAUGGGAAAACAACAUAAACUUUUACCGCUUCUCUGCUGGUUUCCUAUUUCCAUUUUGUCUGCUGCUUUUUUCUUACUGUGGCAUCCUGCAAGUUGUUCGCAAGAGUCAUGGCACUCAGAAAAAGAAGAAGAUUCAGAUUAAACGCCUGGUUUCAAGCACAAUUUUCAUUUUUUUGGUUUGCUUUGGACCAUAUCAUAUUCUAUUGUUGACACGCAGUCUCUUUGAGAAUAGCUGUGAAUUUGCUGCCAAUAUCUUUAACAUCUACCAUAUUUCUCUUUUGUUGACCACUUUUAACUGUGUUGCAGAUCCAAUACUCUAUUGCUUUUCCAGUGAAAACACCUACCAGGAUUUUGCCAAGCUGAGAAAUGCCUGUUUAAAGUGCCUAAGAUGUGUUGAGGUAGAAACCCAGGAAUCCUACCCACUGAGUACUCCAAAAGCUGUCAAAAAAAUCAGGGACCUAGAUGACCUAGAUCCAGAAUCAUUAAAUAAAUUACCUGUUGAUGAAAUGAAAGAAACAUCAAUUGACACUUUUCCUAAAGUGAUGUAAAGUCUCCAUGCACAUGUUCGUUAACUUCCCCUUUAG